AUGAAAACGAAGUUUUGUUCGUAUAUACUAACAAUUUCUAGAAUUGGUUUACGUUAUAUGUCUACCCCAGUUGAGCCAAAGCAAAAGGCCAACUCUAUUGUUGAUGCUAUGCCAGGUAACAACUACUUAUCCAAGACUGGUUUCUUAGCUACCUCAGCUGCCGCUGCAAUCUACGGUAUUUCUAACGAAAUACUUGUCAUUCACGAAGAAACUAUCUUGGUCGUUACUUUCACUGCUUUCGCUGCAUUAGCUGCCAAGUUCGUUGCUCCAUUAUACACUGAAUGGGCCGAUGGUGAAAUCAAGAAGGUUAACGAUUUAUUAAACACAUCCCGUACCAAGCAUGUCACUGCAGUCAAGGAAAGAAUUGACUCAGUAUCUCAAUUAAAAGAUGUUGUCGAAACUACCAAGCAAUUAUUUGCUAUUUCUAAGGAAACCGCUCAAUUAGAAGCCGAAUCUUUUGAAUUAAAGCAAAAGCUUGCUGUUUCCCAAGAAGCCAAGUCUACUUUAGAUUCAUGGGUUAGAUACGAACAACAACAAAGACAAUUAGAACAAGAACAAUUGAUCAAGUCUGUCUUAGAAAAGGUCAACAAGGAAGUUGAAAACCCUAAAUUCCAAGAUAAGAUUUUGGCCGAAUCAGUUGCUGAAGUUGAAAAAUUAUUCGCUAAAGCUUAA